UUUGGGAGCUCUUAUCACAAAUACAACCCUGUGAAUGCAAUUCAGUGCAUAUUUAUAUGCAACUUUUGUUUAUCGCACACAAGUUUUUUGUGCCAAUAGCGGCUUUUUGCCAAUUUUACACUAAACUUUUACUAUUAAUAAAACGAUUUCAAUAAUAAUUUGAAAGUUGAAAAAUUGUCGCUGUACGUACAGUAGUUGCAGCCUACAGCCUCACCACCGGCUUAAGUUAUCCGGAAAAUAUGAACAUCACGCGUAUUCUUGGACAAAAUAAUAAAAUUUAUCAAAAAUUUGGCGAUUAUUGUAUUACAGAGGCGGAACCAAAUCAGUGCUGUAUCAUUUGCUGCUUCUGUCAGCAAGAACAUCACAAUGAAAACGUUUUCUGGACGCACAUACAAGAGAUGCAUGACUAUGCACCAGCACAACUUUGUAUGAUGCAUGAAAAUCCGCAACCAACAAACGGUGCGCAUAGUGAGAGUCUUUGCACUACGCCAAUUAGUCCGGAUGGUACGGCUCAUGCAAAAAAAUGUAAAACAAAUGCGGCUCAAGUGGUAACUAAUGACGCACCAAUGUAUGUCGAAGCUGAGUACCUAGAAAAUGUGGCACUAAAUGAUCCAAACGCGCUUAUGGAGCUAACAGAUAUUACAAAUACAUUUUUAGACUUCAAAGAUAAGCCGACCGAAACGCAACCCGUUGCAGAAAGUAGUGUACAACAUAAAGUGAACAUGCAGCAAAUGGACACCAACCAGUCGGAGAAGAAGCUUCAGUCCCAACACACAAAUGGUAAGCUUGAAACCAACAUAGAUGUCGAUAAGCUUACACCCAAGCAAUUGCUAGGGAACGGCACACUAUUGAAAAAUGUAUUUCAGCAAAUGCAACGCGCUAACAAUGAAUUCAAAUACAAGCUCAAUAAGCUAACGCAAGCAGUGCAACUAAUUGAGACUGAAUUGAAGAAAGAACCUGGUAAUCGUAUGCUAAAGCGAUAUAUGAAAAUAAUACCAGAUCAGCCUUUCAACAGCCGCGACGAAGUGCUAAUUUUAGAUGAUGAGCUACACCAUAGCAAAGAGAUGCGGGACGCACUUCACGAAGAAACACUUGCUAUAGCUACCGAGAAUGCUGAUGUGUUUUGUCGUGUACUUUGGCGUUUCAUUAUGACAGACGAAGUAUCCAAUCAGUUCUGUUGGCGGGGUGUAGUAAACGCUGAAAAAAUUGUUAAAUAUCCAAUUAAGGAUAUGACUAUGCUAGACGUCUUUCAAGGAGUGUUUCGCGAAAAGUUUCCUGAACAAACGCUUAAUAUCUUCAAAGAUCGUACUAUGACAUAUUUCAAUAAAGCACAUGAGCGUUUGAAGCGAAAACAGUUAAAUAAAACGGACGUCGAAAAUAAUGACAGUGAUUUUCUCUGCAUAAAGGAAACGUCAAAUGGGCAAAAUGGCGAUUAUAAACGGGCGCGUAACGAUCAAGAAAAUAGCAAUAGUGUCGAUUCAGUAUUUGAAGAAGUUUUUGGUGGGUGAAACUUAAUAUUUCAUGUUGAAAUAUACAGUAAGCUGCGUAUAUAUUUUAGUGUUUAACAAUAUUAUUCCUGGCGAAAAAUCUAAA